CAGGAUGCCACUGUAGUGGAUCAAUUUCAAUUUGAAGCUCGAGCUCCUCUCCUCGCUUUUCACCGUAGAGCACACUGGAUUGAACCAUUAGUGAACGGACAACCGGACUAUUAGGGCUCUGGAAAAAGGGUCGCCAAAAGCAGAAUUAGCUAUUUUCUUUUCAUUUGAAGGCUACAUUUCUCAGUAAGGACCCGUUGACAGCAGAGCCAGGAUGGAUGCUAACGGCAUAUUCUCACUUCUGUUGCUGUGUUCUGUCAGUGAGCUGUGCGUGUUGGCGAGCCCUGAGGGGAAUGACUCCCAGCAGCACCAUACCCAGAACGUCUACCACGACAUCGGUGUCACCAGGAACACCAUAGUCACUGCUCAGUUUGAGUGCUAUCAGAAGAUCAUGAAAAACGACAAACACAACAAAAUAGGGCCAGUUUGUAACAGGACGUGGGAUGGCUGGCUGUGCUGGGAGGACACAGAGGCAGGCUUCACUACAAACCAACACUGUCCAGACUACUUCCAAGACUUUGACACAGCAGAAAUGGCGUCCAAAGUGUGCAGUGAAACGGGUAAUUGGUUUCUACACCCGGAGAGCAACAGGACAUGGACAAACUACACCAAAUGUACGGCAUACACCAGUGCAGGAAGAGUGACAGCGAUGAAUCUCUACUACCUGGUUCUGAUUGGACAUGGACUGUCGCUAACAUCAUUGUUCUUCUCAUUGGGAAUAUUUUUCCAUUUCAAGAGUCUAAGCUGCCAGAGGAUAACGCUCCACAAAAACCUAUUUUUUUCAUUUGUGUUGAACUCGGUCAUCACCAUCAUCUGGUUGACAGCGGUGGCUAACAACCAGGGACUAGUGCAGAGCAACCCUGUGAGCUGUAAGGUGAUCAUGUUUAUUCACCUGUACCUGUUUGGCUGUAACUACUUCUGGAUGCUGUGUGAGGGCAUCUACCUGCACACACUCAUCGUCGUGGCUGUGUUCGCCGAGAAACAACACCUCAUGUGGUACUACCUGCUUGGAUGGGGAUUUCCACUCAUACCUGCAUUGAUACAUGCAAUAGCACGAAGCUACUACUACAAUGAUAAUUGUUGGAUCAGCUCCAACACUUCCCUCCUCUACAUUAUCCAUGGUCCCAUCUGUGCUGCCCUGCUGGUGAAUCUGUUCUUCCUGUUAAACAUUGUGCGUGUCCUCAUCACUAAACUGAAGGUGACCCAUCAAGCUGAAUCUAGCCUCUACAUGAAGGCUGUGAGAGCCACCCUGAUCCUAGUCCCUCUCCUGGGCAUCCAGUUUGUCUUGUUCCCCUACAAACCCCAGGGACGCUUCGCCUUGGAGAUCUACGACUAUAUUAUGAACAUCCUCAUGCACUACCAGGGUCUCCUGGUUGCCACCAUCUUCUGCUUCUUCAAUGGGGAGGUCCAAGGUGUUCUGCGAAGGCACUGGAACCAGCAGAGGAUCCAGUUUGGCAGUAACUUUGCCCACGCAGAUGUCUUCCGCUCAGCCUCAUACGUGGCGUCAUCCCUGACGGAGGUGCAUCGCUGCUACAGCAUCGACGGGCACACCGAACACAUGAACGGCAAGAACAGCUACCACGACGUCGAGACGGUGACACCCACCAUACUCCGGUCGGACAACCCGUUUGCCUGAGGC